AUGGCGGUAGUCAUCAGACUGCAGGGUCUGCCCAUAGUGGCUGGCACCAUGGACAUCAGGCACUUCUUCUCUGGCCUCACCAUUCCUGAUGGGGGAGUGCACAUCGUGGGGGGUGAACAUGGUGAGGCUUUCAUCGUCUUCGCCACCGAUGAGGACGCACGGCUGGGCAUGAUGCGAACAGGUGGGUCCAUUAAGGGCUCCAAAGUGUCGCUGUUGCUUAGCAGUAAGACAGAAAUGCAGAAUAUGAUUGAACUCAGUCGCCGCAGAUUUGAGGCUGGGGCAGGGGCUGUGGAGAUUGCUGCACCUACAGCAGGAAAUGCCAGUCGUCAAGCAAGUGCUGCCCCUAUACCCACAGUACAGUCUGGUGCAGGGGGGAGAAGCGGUAGCCAUGGAAAUCAGGGUUUUGGUAACACCCCGACUGCAGUGACGGCAGCAAGCUCAUCUCAGGAGCCACCAAAUAACAAGGCUGCAACCAGCUUGGCCAGCGUGGUGCCCAGCUUCCCCAACAGCUACAGUUCUGCUCCCACAAUCACCACAGCACUGGCAUCUCUUAAUGCAGGACCCCCACCCAUCCCUCCACUUCCCAGCAUGCCUUCCAUGCCUCCUAUGCCCACACUCCCUACUAUACCAGUUCCUCCUCCAGUCUCCUCCCUUCCUCCUGUUCCUACUGUUUCCCCACUGUCCCAAGGACCUCCAGUGCCUCCUAUGUCACACCUUCCGCACAUGUCCUCCCUACCUCCCUUUAACCCUUCCCUACCUCCCCCAGCUGGACUAGGCUCCGGCCUUCCUCUUGGGACACCCAACCAUAUGUUGUUUAACCCUCUUUCUCCUCUGGCUUCACUUGGCCUUCAAGCCCACAUGAAGGCGGCUGCUGCCGUAGCCACUGGGGGAGGAGCUGGCAAUCCUGAUGAGUUGUUUGUUCUGCUGCAAAACCUCCCAUUUUCGUGCUCAGAGGUAGAAGUCAGGGAAUUUUUUCGGGGUCUGGGGGUUGAUGCCGUUCGCCUGAUGAGGGAUGGACAGGGUCGGCCAACUGGUAGGGCUAUGGUCAAGUUCUUCUCACCCCAGGACAGCUUUGAAGCAGUGAAGCGUGGAGGUGGCAUGAUGGGCCAAAGAUUCAUUGAGAUCACUCCAGGCUCUGAGCGUCAGUGGGCCAGCCUCAAUGAUGGGUUGGCAGGCCAUGCUCCUCACAACAGCAGCAAAUCAAAUAGCAUUAAUGAGUCACAAGAUCUGCAGCACCGCCGUGGUAAUGUAGAGGCAGGAGGCAGAGAUCAACGAGCAAGGUCACGAUCUCCCCACCGACAGGAGUUCUGUGUGUACCUAAAGGGCCUUCCUUAUGAGGCAGACAAAAAACAGAUUAAGGAGUUCUUUAAGAAUUUGGACAUUGUAGAAGACAGUAUCUACAUUGCCUAUGGCCCCAAUGGACGAGCCACAGGAGAGGGCUUUCUUGAAUUCAAAUCAGAACAGGACUACAAGGGAGCUCUAGGUGCUCACAUGCAGUAUAUGGGCAGCCGCUUUAUUCAGGUUCACCCAAUCAGCCGUAAGGGAAUGCUGGAAAAGAUUGAUGCCAUUCGCAAGCGUGAAGCAGCACAGGGUGAUGGCAAGAACCAGGAUGGCUUAAAAACGCCCAGAAAUUGCGCCCACAUUACCAACAUACCUUACAACAUCUCCAAGAAGGAUGUUCGAGCCUUUCUGGAGGGUGUGGGCAUCUAUGAGGACACCCUGAAGGUCCUGACAGAUAGCCAUGGCAACGGUUUAGGACAAGCCAUCUUCCAACUGCGAACUGAGGAAGAUGCUCGCAAAGCUGAAAGACUGCACCGUCAAAAGCUCAAUGGACGGGAUGCCUUUGUCCAUCUUGUGACCUUUGAUCAGAUGAAAGAAAUUGAAAGAAAUCCUCCACCCCAAAAUAAGAGGGGCCAACGCAACCAGAACCAGCAGAACCAAAACCACCACCACCAAGCCCAAACAAAUCCCCAGCAACCCCAGAUCAAUCCUUUUGCUGGGAUUAGUGGUGAGGAGUUUAACUUUCUCAGAAACACUAUGGGGAACCUCAACAGCCCCCCAUUUGUGACUCCAUUUUCAGCUCCAGGAAAUGGGCUAGCAGGCCCUCCUCCUCUCCCACCACUGGCUGCGGGAUUGGGAGAUGUUAAUUUGGGCGUGGCUCCCCCACUAGUUGCAGGCCUUCCUGGAGCGCCAAUCUUGGAGCCACCUGGCUUUCGUAGUGGAGCUGCAGGAGGGGGUCCAUUCAGCCAGGAUGGGCUGAGAGGCUUGGUACCCUUUGACAAUGCCAACAGAAAAGGAAGUGGAGGAGGACAGAACCGAGGGGAGGGGCCAACAACAACCAGGGGCGGCCAGGUGGUGGAGCAGCGAGUGGACAGCCAGUGUUCACUCCAGGGGCAGAAGGUCUCCGCAACCAGCCAGCCCCUGGAGGAUCCAAUAAUCCCAGCAGUCAGCGUGGCGCUGCUGGCCCAACAAUUGUAA